AGAGCCGGGGAGAUGCGGCGGGGCACGUGGGCUGGAGACACUUCCUAGAAACGCGCGCGGGCUCAACCCUGCCUGAACUUUCCUGUAAACAGAGCGCUGACAGGCGGCAUCCCCGCUGGGUGGGUCCGGCGCUCCUGGCGCAAGUGCCACUUCUUGCUUUUAAUUAGCGAGAGGAGAGGCGACUAAGAAGAAGUGGCUGCUCGGCAAGUCAGUGCAAGGAGGCUGACUUCUGGGAGGCUGGGAGAAGAGCCGGGGGAGGCUGCUGGUCUGCUCCGGCUGUUUUCUCAAUGAAUAGCUGGCGGGGAGACUGAAGGCAGACACAGCCUCCUCCUCACUCCGCCGCCGGGUGACGGCGACAGCUCCAGCCGGGACCUGGCUCCCAAGACGCGCUCCUUGGAAUGCCCUCCUGUUCCGCGCUUCUGAACCACCGGUCCCGAGGAAGGAGAGGCUUUGCGGAUCCAGAUAUCGCCCGGAAAAUGACACUUGGGAAUGGUAUUUUCUGAUGACAGCCCCGUCUGUUGGUGACAAAGCCUGUCGUCCGCAGUUGCCCCUGGGGGGGGAAGUCCUGAGUAAAACUCAGUCCUGCCUUAAAGUGAGGUUGCAGGGGCCACAGGAGAGCCAGAGCGCACCAUGUCACCGGCCGGACGCGUCCUCACCUUGCUUCUCUGGGGUCACCUGCUGGACCUCUGGACCCCAGGUCACACCGCGGACCCCUCCUACCCCAGGCUACGCCUGUCUCAUAAAGAACUCUUGGAUCUGAACAGGACGGCGAUAUUUCACAGCCCCUUUGCAUCUCUGGACCUCCAUACGAUGCUUUUGGAUGAGUAUCAAGAGCGGCUCUUUGUGGGAGGCAGAGACCUUGUCUAUUCCCUGAACUUGGAACGAAUCAGUGACGGCUACAGAGAGAUAUACUGGCCGAGUACAGCAGUGAAAGUAGAAGAAUGCAUAAUGAAAGGAAAAGACGCAAAUGAGUGUGCCAAUUUCGUUCGGGUUUUGCAUCACUACAACAGGACCCACCUUCUGACCUGUGCCACAGGGGCCUUUGAUCCACUCUGUGCCUUCAUCAGAGUGGGCUACCAUUCGGAGGAGCCCCUGUUCCACCUGGAGUCUCACAGAUCUGAGAGAGGAAGGGGCAGAUGUCCUUUUGACCCCAGCUCCUCCUUCGUCUCCACUCUAGUUGGUAGCGAACUGUUUGCUGGCCUCUACAGUGACUACUGGGGCAGAGACUCAGCGAUCUUCCGCAGCAUGGGGAAGCUGGGCCACAUUCGUACCGAGCAUGACGAUGAACGGCUGCUCAAAGAACCAAAAUUUGUAGGCUCGUACAUGAUUCCUGAUAACGAAGACCGUGAUGACAACAAAAUGUACUUCUUUUUUACCGAGAAGGCAUUGGAGGCGGAGAACAAUGCCCACACCAUCUACACCCGAGUGGGGCGGCUGUGCGUGAAUGACAUGGGAGGACAGAGAAUACUGGUGAAUAAGUGGAGCACAUUCCUGAAAGCAAGGCUGGUUUGCUCAGUACCAGGAAUGAAUGGAAUUGACACAUACUUUGAUGAACUAGAGGAUGUGUUUUUACUGCCUACCAGAGAUCCCAAGAAUCCAGUGAUAUUUGGACUGUUCAAUACUACCAGCAACAUAUUUAGAGGCCAUGCUAUAUGUGUCUAUCACAUGUCAAGUAUACGGGAAGCCUUUAAUGGCCCAUAUGCACAUAAAGAAGGCCCUGAAUACCACUGGUCACUGUAUGAAGGAAAAGUCCCUUACCCAAGGCCCGGAUCAUGUGCCAGCAAAGUGAAUGGAGGGAAGUAUGGAACCACCAAAGACUACCCUGAUGAUGCCAUUCGAUUUGCAAGAACGCAUCCGCUAAUGUAUCAGCCCAUAAAACCUGCUCAUAAAAAACCAAUACUUGUGAAGACAGAUGGAAAGUAUAACCUGAAGCAACUAGCAGUGGAUCGAGUGGAAGCUGAAGAUGGCCAGUAUGAUGUUUUAUUUAUUGGGACAGAUACAGGAAUUGUGCUGAAAGUGAUCACAAUUUACAACCAAGAAACAGAGUGGAUGGAGGAAGUCAUUCUAGAGGAGCUUCUGAUAUUCAAGGAUCCAGUUCCUAUCAUUUCUAUGGAAAUUUCUUCAAAGAGACAACAGCUCUACAUUGGAUCCACCUCUGCGGUGGCACAAGUCAGAUUCCAUCACUGUGACAUGUACGGGAGCGCUUGUGCUGACUGCUGCCUGGCUCGGGACCCUUACUGUGCCUGGGAUGGCAUAUCCUGCUCCAGGUACUACCCAACUGGUGCACACGCAAAGAGGCGUUUCCGCAGGCAGGACGUCAGACAUGGCAAUGCCGCCCAGCAGUGCUUCGGACAGCAGUUUGUCGGAGACGCGUUGGACAGGACUGAAGAGAGGCUGGUUUAUGGCAUAGAAAGCAACAGUACUUUGCUGGAAUGCACCCCACGGUCGCUACAAGCAAAAGUCGUCUGGUUUGUACAGAAGGGACGUGACCUAAGAAAAGAAGAGGUGAAGGCGGACGACAGAGUGGUGAAGAUGGACUUGGGUUUACUCUUCCUCAGAGUGCGCAAGUCGGACGCUGGGACCUAUUUUUGCCAGACGGUAGAGCAUAGCUUUGUCCACACGGUGCGGAAGAUCACCUUGGAGGUGGUGGAGGAGCAGAAAGUGGAGGGGAUGUUCCACAGGGACCACGAGGAGGAGAGGCAUCACAAGAUGCCCUGCCCUCCCCUCAGCGGCCUGCCUCAGGGGACGAAACCCUGGUACAAGGAGUUCUUGCAGCUGAUCGGCUACAGCAACUUCCAGAGAGUGGAAGAAUACUGCGAGAAGGUGUGGUGCACGGAGAAGAAGAGGAAAAAGCUCAAGAUGUCUCCCUCCAAGUGGAAGUACGCCAACCCGCAGGAGAAGAGGCUCCGCCCCAAGCCCGAGCACUUCCGCCUGCCCCGGCACACGCUGCUGUCCUGAGGACGCCCUCCGCCGGCCGCAGCGAGCGGAAACAGUUACAGGCCACGCCUUUCCGGUUCCUCCGGGCGCUUCCUGUGGGACCGAGAGGCGGGAAAGGUGUUCUAAGUUAUUCUGCAUCCUCACCCGACCGUGCAAACCCCUCACCGCGCUCGCUCGUGCUUAAAAAACGAGAGUUUUCGCUUAAAAGGCCCCACGUCGUAUGCUUCAACACGCGACCGUGGCCGCGAUUCUGAGUUUGCUUUUCAGGGAAAUUGCUUCUCCAUUGGGAUAGGUGUUCUGAUUAUAACAUUAAAGUAAACGUUACAGAUUUUCAUAAUCGAGAGGAAAAAAAAAAAAGUAAAGCUAAAUCAGCUCUGUCUUUCCGGAGUUUUCCUUGCAACCACGAGGUAAAGUGCACAGAAUAGCAAACACUUUAGGAUUCUCACGUUUUUUUAUUUAAAGCCUUGAGUUUUAAGUAGUUGUGUUGUGGUUCCUAUUAACUAACCAUAAAAUAAACCUGCGACCCACCCAUCCUAAGGCUUGUUUCCUUCAUGAAACACUCACUGAACUAUGUUUAAAAUAUUUCUGUUUUAUAAACAAGGCAUAUCCUUUAAGUUUCACUUCAGUGUGGAAGGAAGGAAGGUAACAUCUCAGAUAUUUUUAAAAAGUGUCAAAGCAUGACAGAUUUCUAAUCAGAAGGUCUGUGCUGCCCUCUUGUGGUAGAAGAAGGCAUUGUCUCUCAUAGUGCUGUUUCCAUGAUUGCCUUGCAAACGUUUGAAAAUAAAUUACGUGAGCAGAAUCAUCUAGUUUAUUUUCAGAAGACUCAAUUAAAAAAAGUAAUGACUUUUCAACGCAGUGAAGAUAUUAACAGAAUUCGAGCUUUAAAAGGUAGGCUUUCAAACCUUCCCUGAGACUAAAAUAAAAUAAAAACACUCUCGAAGUAUGUUUUACCUGUAAAGAAAUUAUCAAAGCAUUUUCUCUUAGAAACAAAGUCUUCCUGUUUUAUAUUUGCUGUUUGGAUUCAUUUUACUACUGACAUCUUCAGAGAAUCAUUAUCUUUGUCUUAUAAAUAUUACCAAAAUUUCUAUUUUUCAGAAUGUUUGUUUCUUGAAAUCUUAUCUCUUUAUAUUUUAAAGAGUUAGCAGCAACCUUUCUGAAAUAUAAGCUUUAUGAGGAUUUUCACUUAGAUAAGAGUAAAGCAAUUGGGGUGUAUAUAAGAACAAUUAUGAAUAGUUAUUCAAACUUAAAUUUAAAUAUUUAUGUCUGCUAUCUCUGUAUGCUAUAUAAUUAAGAAUAUAGAGUGUUGAGAAUUUCUAAUGGCUUUCUUUUUCACUCUAAGAUGAGUAAGUACAUAAGUAUUCCACAGAGGCUUUUAAAGUCCAGAAUUCCUAAAACAUCUAACAAAUAAAAAUAAACAUUGACAUCCUAUGAAUGUCCACAUUUUAUGGACCCCAGAAUCCAGUGGAAAUCAUUGUGGUCCACCAAAAGGUAAUUGCAAAAAAGGUAGUAGUCAAAAAUUUUAGAAUACUGAAUUUUAGGAACACAAAGGGAUGAAAUGCAAACUGGGGAAUUGAAACCACAAACACAUCUCACUAGUUCCUAAGGAGAGUGUAUGUCUGGAAUAUUCCAAGUGAACAGACAAAUAUAUGUGAAUUUUGCAAUGACUCUUCCACUAAGCAAGUUAGAGAUAAGGGGAGGAUUUUCUCUUAGACCCGUGUCAAAUAACAAAAGAAAGUAAAGCACGUAUGCAUAUGUGCAUUUUAAUCUUAAUACACUGAUAGGAAGUUAAAGAGGAAAAUAAUCAUUGUUGUGAGCUAGGUAGAACUCAAAAGACUUUUUUUUCAGUUUUAUCACUGAAUGCACAUGAAGAUUAAAAUAGGACAUUAAUCAGAAAGUAAAAUUAAAAUAAAACAGGUCAAAAGCUAUUCUGGAAAAAUAAGUUCAAUCCAAGAAGAGUUUUAAAAAUAUAUUGAUUUAAUGAAAUUUGAUAAAAUGUUGAGGGCUUGGGUCUUCUCCCUCUUCUGAGGGAGAACACCAAAUUAUAUAUAAAUAUGUAUUUAUAUGUACAUAUAUUCAUGUAUAAUACAUCCUCCUACAUAUCUGUUUAUGAUAGUAGCUUAGGAAAACCAGGGGAGAGAGAGAGAGAGUAGUUUCCAAUGUACCUGGGUCCUCUUUCCUUCUGACCUCCCUUGCAUGUAGACCUCCACGUAGGUAAGAUACAUCGUUAAGCCCUGUCAAAGUUCAAACCAACAAAAUACAAGCCUAGUAACUGUUUUGAAAAUCUGAAGCUUGCUACAUAAAUGUCACUAGUCUUUUGUUGGACCUGGGUUUAGAAUCCAAAUAUACUUUCCUUUGAAACAAAUUCCAUAGAGAGAGGCAACGAGAUGCCUGCCUGCCUUGAACUCGGAGGAGAUAUCUAUAGGGCUCUGAAAAAAGAAACACCCAGACAUGACCUUGGCAAACAAAAUGUGUCCUCAAAACACACAGCUGACUCAAGAGCCUAACCUUCCAUCCUUGCUCCAAAGAGGCCUUUCUGUAUAGCCAGUCUCCUGCUUCUCCAGAGCUCAUGCUAUAAUUUAAAACAAGUUUCUGUCUCCCUCAACAUAAUGUGUCCUACUUAGCCACAGAUCCAGACACAUUAGGAAGUCCACGCUUAAAAGAGAUGUCAUGACUUCAGAAGUCUUCCCAUGUCUAGUGUUCUGCAUUGCUAUCUUUCUUCUUUUGCGCUAAAUAUUGACUGUUUCAGGGAGAAAUUUUCAACAUCAAGAAACACAAAAGAAAAACAGAUAAAUCCAGAGCUGGGGAUGAAAAGUCUACAUUGGUUUUGUAAGUUUCAAUGCAUACAAUAUGUGAUUAUCUAUUCUAUACUUUACCCUAAGUGUCUUCCUUUCCUUUCCACAAUUGACAAGAUUAGUAGGACACUUUUACUAACUAUCUAGAUAUCUCUGUGGGAUAUAGGAUUUUGUAAAUCUUCUUAGUAAUUAUGAAUAUUUGUAAAAUUUGUACAAUAUAACAAAUCAUUUUCGAUGUUAGUCUUAAGCAUGAGAGAAAGAGCAAACGCUGUCCUUAAAAAUGGUGUCUCUAGCCUGUCAAACAUGGAGAACUUAAUGUUCUAUAGAUACUUUAUAUCCCAGGUAAAAGUCACACACUUGUGAUGAAAAGGGGUCACUGGUUCCUUUUAAAUGUAUGAUUCAUUUUUCAGGCCAAUAAUUGCUUAUUUGAAUCAGAAAUAAUUGUAAUAUUCUUCACACACUCUCUUUUACUUGUAGCAGCAUUGUUUUAACUGGUAUUUUGUUAUCUUAUUGUCUUGGAAGAACAACUUUACAUACUGGAUUUUAUUAUACAUAAAUUGGCUUAGCUCUGAGCUAGAGAACAAUUGGAGUGUCUUUGUCUCUGGUAUCUUUUGUCUCUGGCAGAGUUUAUAAAGCAUGUGCCAUAUUGUUUCUUUCUACUGAUAUGAGCUCUGAACUCAUUCUCACCUGGUUCUGAGCUACAGAGACAAGUGACUGUGUGUCUCCUUGACUAUCAUGUAGAUCCAACCCCCUACAUACACAAAUUCUGUACUAUUAAAUGAAAUUUCUAUUUCGCUCAGCUUAGAUGAAAAAGAAAUAAAUAUUCUUCAAAACAUUAA